UUUGGGAUGGUCAACCGCGCGCCGUUCACGGCGGCGGAGGACGCCCUGCUGCUCGCGAGCGUCUCGUGGGACGGCGAAACGAAGUGGGCGGCGAUCGCCGCGGCGAAAUUCCCCUCGCGAACGGGUUACCAGAUCCAGAGCCGUUGGCACAGCCUCAUGAACCGCCAGCGCCGCUGGAUGAACCCGCCCGCCGCCCAGGCGCAGGGGGAAGGCGCAGGGGCGGGGGAAGACGGAACGGCGGGAGAAAGAGUGGCGGGGGAAAGGGCUGCGGGAGGGGGAAGGGCUGCGGGGGAAACAGCAGUGGCGGGGGAAGGAGCAAUGACGGGUUACCAGCCCAUGAACUGCCAGCGCUGCUGGAUGAACGCGCCCGCCGCCCAGGCGCAGGGGGAAGGCGCAAGGGCGGGGGAAGGCGCCAGGGAGGGGGAAAAUGCAAUCGCGAUACCUGGGCGAAGCGAAGCGACAGGAAUUGGCGCAGUGGCGGAAUCAGCAAUUGUGGAAGCAGUGCAAUCCGCUUGUGAGGGAAGUGGUGAUGACCCGCCGGCACCCCCCUUUCCGGAAACUGGCGCGGUGGCGGAAUUAGCCACUGCGGAGGCAGCGCAACCCGUGUGUGCGGGACGCGCGAACUCCCGAUUCAAAAGACGAGCAGAAUCGGCUCGUGCUGGUGGCCCACUCGCACACGGCCACUUUCUGGAAACUGGCGCAGUGGCGGGAUCAGCCGCUGCGGAAGCAGCGCGAUCUGGUUGUGUGAGAAGCGCCAACCCCGCAUGCCUGGAUGCUAGCCCAUGUGUUUUCUCAGGUGCUACUGCAGGUGCUGUCUCAGGUGUUUUCUCAGGUGGUACCCCAGGUGAUUCUCCUGGUGCUUCGCCAGGUGCUGCUGCACUCCUUGCUUCAGCCAACCCCUCAGCCGUUGCUGCUUUCAUCCGGACCCUCCAAUCCGCAAUCAACGGCUCUCCUCGAUCCCCCACUUCAACCACCCAUUUGGACUCAACCAUCCAUUCAGACGCAAUCGUCCAUCGAUUUUUCACCACCCAUCCCCACACUAUCAUCCCUAGGUGCUUCUCAGCGCAACAGUUAGCCGCCAACCCGUCACCCAGCAGCCAGCCUGGCCACCGCACUCAACCGAAUUUAACACCAUCCUUCCCUAUGAGCUUCUCAGCGCAACAGUUGGCCGUCAAUCCGUCACCCAACAGCCAACCUUGCCCCAGUGCCACCCUGCUGCGCCCAAGCACUGCUCUAUGCUUCUCAGCACAACGGUUAGCUGCCAACGACCCGUCCAACAGUCAGGCAUCCCCCAGCAGCGCCCUGCCCCGCCCCAGUGCCACCCUGCUGCGCCCCAGCACUGCUCUCUGCAUCUCAACUCAACGACUAAGUGCCAACGAUCCGUCCAACAGCCAGCCCUGCCCCAGUGCCACCCUCCUCCGAAGCACCCUGCUCCGACCCAGCACUGCUCCUGCAGAUUCUGCACGUGCAAGAGUAUCCAUGGCGAACGGGAUGGGUGGCGGAGCGACAUGGCCUACCCUCCAAGAUCCCGAGAGUUCGUUGUUGAGGCGCCUCAUAAACAGCGCGGCUGCUGCUUCACUUGCAAGAGCAAGCGCCCCCAACAGGGUGGGUGACGAGGCGACAUGCCCGCCCCGCCAAGACUCAGAAUCUAUUUUUGCUGGCGUCGGCAUCUGCAUCAGUGGUAGCCAAGCCCAAGCCCAAGCCCAAGCCCAAGCGUCAGCAUCUGCAUCAGUGGUAAUCUCAUCUGCGGCAGCAGCGCCAGCAGCAGCGUCGGCACUCGCACCAGCACCCGCAUCAGCGCCAGCAGCACCAGCUGCAGUGUCAACCGCAGCAGCAGCAGCAGCAGCAGCAGCAGUGGAGCUGCCUCUGUUUCCUGUUUCCCCUCCAUCGGCUGACAGCAGCAGCAGCAGCGCUGCCAGGCCACUGAUGGGCCCCAGCCUUACCCUCGACCUGUCACUGAGGCCCUCUCAUCCCCACCCGCCUGCACCUGCUUUCAACGCUCUUGCUCCUGCCGCUCCUGCUGCCGCCGCUGCUGCUGCUGCCACUGCUGCUGCUGCUGGUGCUGCUGCUGCUGGUGCUGCUGCUGCUGCUCCUGUUAGCAACGCCGCUGCUGCUGCUGCGUUGGUGCCUCAAGGGGCUGACGUGCUGGUCCGAUCUGACAGCGGCAACAGAUGGGUAAUGAAGCGCGCUUAUAACGAGGUUCUUAUUGCCGAUGCUGCUGAGCAGGAUGCGCCUGAUUCGGCUGAAAAGGACCAUAAAUGUAGCCCCUUGGGAUGUAACUCCUUGGGAUGUAACCCCUUGGGAUGUAACUCCUUGGGAUGUAACCCCUUGGGAUGUAACCCCUUGGGAUGCAACCCCUUGGGAUGGAACCCCUUGGGAUGUGGCGACAGGAUGGCAAAAAAAACCAAGACAGAGCCAGCGGUAGCAAGCCCUUGGGAUGGUGCAUGGAAUGGGCCAUCUUUCCGUGGGCAGGAGGUUGUCGAUCAUCCCAAGGGCGUGCUAUCCUUGGAGGUCGCUCAUCGCACGACGACUCCUCUUGGGGUCCUCGAUUUCCAAUCAGCACGUGCUGCUGCUUCUGCCGCUGCUGCUGCUGCUGCUGGUUCUGCGCCUGCCAUCCCCCGCUCCUGGAGUGGCGGCAGCAGCACGUGCAGCAACGCAGUAGCAGCAGCAGCUGGUGCAGGGAGUGACGGGGGUUAUCGCACGUCUACGCUUGGGGUCCUGGACUCACAAAUUGCAUCUGCUGCUGCUGCUUCUGCGCCUGCAAUCCCCCGCUCUGCAAGUGGCAGCAGCAGCACGUGCAGCAACGCAGCAGCCGGCGGGGGGGGCGACGGAGGGCAUUGCAAUCAACUGCCGGAAACAACACUUGAGGCGCCUCAUUAUCUGGCUGGGAUGUCUGGGGGGGGUGAUGGACGGUAUGGCAUGCAACUGCCGGAAAGGCACUUGCUGUCAGGUUGUCGGUUGGACACAAGCCAAGUCUCAGCUCGGGGGAGUGGUGCAGGUCAGCUGGUAUUCGAUGGGUUGCAAGUAGCGAAGGAUGGUAGGGUGGGGGUGGAAGAGCAGUGGCUGUUGGAGAACCGGGCGAGGCUCCAGGGAGACCAGUUGGGAACGGAUGGGUCGCCAGUGGCAGGGGGGCAAGUGGCAGGGGGGCAAGUGGCAGGGGGGCAAGUGGUAGAUGGUGAGAGGAUGGGGGUGGAAGAGCAGUGGCUGUUGGAGAAACGGGCGAGGCUGCAGCGGCGGGAGGAGCAGUGGAAGAGAGAGAAGGAGAUGCUUUGUUGUGUUCACAACAAUCCAAUUGGGCAGAGGCAGCAGGAGCAGCACCAGCAGGAGCAGCAGCAGCAGGAGCAGCAGCAGCAGCAGCAGCAGCAGUUGGCUCUUCAAGUUCUAGCGAGGCUGCUGCUGACACACAGAUGACAGGCGGGCCUGGGUGCUGAAGCCCCACCCGCAUCACCAGCAGCAGCAGAAGCCGCAGAGGCACUUGUCGUCUGGUGCUCGCAGGGCCGCUGCUGAUGCACCGAUGUCACGCGGGGCUGGUUGCUACAAAGACAAGCAGAUGCUGCAGAUAGUGAGGCGUGGCAAUACCGCCUCAGCAUCGCCAGCAGCAGCAACAGCAGUUGGCUCAUCAGGUGCUUGCAAGGCUGCUGCUGACACACAGAUGACAGGCGGACCUGGGUGCUGAUUCUCACGUGUGCACUUUAGAGCCUUUAGACCUACGUUUUGCUUAGAGAAGAGCACACAGCCAUGGGCUCGUGGGCUCGCUCAAUGUUUGGUUUGGUGCCUUCGUGCAUGUGCCAAUUGCAAGAUGUUGGAAAUAUCUCAAAGGACUUCAGCGUUUCUGAAGUGUAACACUACACUCGAGGAAGACCGCAACGGGUACGCGAGUCAACGGAGGUUACACGAGGGGGCGAACAAAGAACACGAAGGGACUCGAAGGGUCGCAACUGGAGGUUGCGACUGACCGUUACAACAGCGCGGAUGAGACCAAACUCCCAGCAACUACGAUCUACCUACAAUCUGCAAUUCAACGACUUCAUUAAUUACA